GAAAUGUCUCCGGAAGUUCCCCCUCCGCCGUUCCCUCCGUCUUCUCGAGUCAGGACACCCCGUUAGUCCUCUGCUGGUUCUGUCCACCGCCGCAAGAGCUGUGAAGAUGGCGCUAUGGAUGGAUGAUCAUGCUCAUCCCAAGACGGAGAGUGAGCAGGCGGACCUAGACGCCAUCGCCGCUCUCAAGGAGUCUGCUGCAAUCGAGCUCAAAGAGCAGGGUAACCAAUAUGUAAAGAUGGGAAAAAAGUAUUAUUCUGAUGCUAUUGAUUGCUACACAAGAGCAAUAAAUCAGAAGAUCUUGAGUGACUCUGACAGUUCAAUUCUCUUUUCCAAUCGAGCACAUGUGAAUUUUCUUCUUGGUAACUAUAGACGUGCACUUACGGAUGCUGAAGAUGCAAUAAGGCUAUGUUCAACGAAUGUCAAGGCUUAUUAUCGAGCUGCAAAAGCUGCUUUUUCAUUAGGUUUGUUACUGGAAGCUACGUCAUUCUGUCGGAAAGGGCUUGAAGUGCUUCCGACUAAUGAAGAUAUGAAGAAGUUGCUGAAGCAGAUUGAGCUGAAAAUAGAAGAAGAUGAAAAUCGUAAGGCUCAAGUUUCCAAGGCUUUGGGCGCUGCUAAGGAUAUUGUUUGUGCUUUGGAGAUUAGGCAUUUGAAGAUGGGAAAGGCAGUGUAUCAAGAACUUACGGGAGUAAGAAAACCAAAGCUAGAAAACAACAUUCUCCACUGGCCCGUUCUUCUUCUUUAUGCCGAAGUCAUGUCCAGCGAUUUUAUCGAGGACUUCUGUGAAGUAGAUACAUUUUCAGCACAUCUUGACAUGAUGUAUUCAGAAGGCCCCCCUCUGCCCUGGGAUAAGGAAUGUUUUUACAUACGUGCAGCAAUUGAACUCUAUUAUGAGGCUGAAUCAGGAUUUCUUUUAUCAAAUAAAGAGGUUCUUAGGCAUAUGUUAGAGGGAACUCCUGGUGCCCUUACUGAACCUUUUGAAGAAGAGCAAGAUGGUGAUUCGUCCCACAACUCCAGUAGUCCUUCAGGUCCUCGUAAAUGGGUCAAGGUGGAUGAAAGGAAAACACUGCACGAUGUUCUGAAGAAGGAUAACUAUAUUAUUCCUGGAAUCCCAGUGUUUUAUAUCGUCUCUACACGAUCACAGUUUUACAAAGAAUUCCAGUCAGGGAAGUGGACUCCACCAUGACGCUACUUAAUGGCAGAAUACUUACAGAGAGCUUUAGAUCUUUUUGUGAUGAUCACUUGAAGAUCCAGUUCUUUCAUCAAUGAAAUGCUUAUCUAUUUUAUAUGCUGUUGUCUGCUGGCACAAUAUAAACAUUUUAUAGAUUAAUGAAACCCGUCUUUUCAUAGGCCACCUUAGUUUCAAUUGCAAAGUCAUCUUUCUGACCACGAGGGAGUUGCCGUCACAUAUUACCAUGUCACUGAAAGCGACGGCUGCGGAGGCAGACGUCUCUAUGCUCGAGUUCAGAUGAAGCAACGCCAUUGUGUUCCUUAUAUGCAUCAUUGUAUCAUUGUGUUCUCUCUCUCUUUCUCUCCCUCUCUCCGUGUGUAUUAUAUGUAUAUGUUUUGAUGGUUGACUUUUAAAUGGUGAGAAAAGAAUACUGAGAUUAGGUGUCAUGACAUGGUGGGGGAAACUUUGUUUGAAAAUCUGAAAUUUAAUAUGAUGAUGACCGUAUGUUCCAUUGA